UCUUCAUUUCAGAUUUUACCUUGUAACCGGAGAAAGAGACGGAAUAACAGCAAUGAGCAGGGCCAAUGUAAACUCAGUGUUCUACGCCGAUACAUAUCAUCCAAUUCAAGCCGGAAGUAUCGACGGCACUGAUAUUGUCCCGCACGACAACGCCGUUUACCGGGCUUUGUUAUGCUCCUCCGCCGGACUCUAUGACCCCUUCGGCGACCCCAAAGUCAUCGGCGACCCUUAUUGCACGGUUUUCGUUGGCCGCCUUUCUCAUUGCACCACUGAAGAAUCACUUCGUAAGGCUAUGAGCAAAUAUGGUCGAGUGAAGAACUUGCGCUUGGUCAGGGACAUUGUAACUGGUGCCUCGCGUGGCUAUGCUUUUGUUGAAUAUGAAACUGAAAGAGAGAUGCGUCGUUCAUAUAAGGAUGCUCAUCAUUCCUAUAUUGAUGAUUCUGAAAUAAUGGUUGAUUACAAUAGACAGCAGUUGAUGCCUGGCUGGAUCCCAAGAAGGUUAGGAGGUGGCCUUGGUGGCAGGAAGGAAUCUGGACAGCUUCGGUUUGGUGGGCGUGAACGACCUUUCCGAGCUCCUUUGCAAUCAAUUCCAUUGGAUGAUUUGAAGAGGCUUGGCAUUCCUCCUCCACCAGAAGGAAGGUACAUGUCAUGUUUUCAGGUCCCAUCUCCCCCCAGAAGAAAUCGAAGCUCCAUAGACAGAGAAGAAAGUUCUCGCAUGAGGAGCUCUAUUGACAAGGAAGAACACAGCCACAGAAGCAGCUCUGCGGAGAGGGAGGAACGCUACAACAAAAGGAGCUCAAGGGGCAAGGAAGAACACACUAGUAAACAACGCUCUAAGGAGAGGGAAGAACGUUACCAUAAAGGGAGGUCUCUUGAUAGUUCAGGGCACUCCCAUAAAAAAAUCUCACUGGAAAAGGAGAAACACCACGAGAAAAGUAGCCCUCUGGACAGGGAAGAAACUCCUUACAAAAGGUCUUCGGAUUUGGAAGCUUACCCUCAUACAAGUUCUAAGGAUAGGAAAGAAGGCUCUCACAAGCGCCACAGACAUGAUAGUAGGUCUGACAGACACAAGAGAAAGAGAUCCAGAAGUCGGGAUCGCUAAUUAUUCACAGUUUGUUCUGCAUAUGUAUAUUGUUCUUUUUUUUUUUUUUCUAAUGCUGAUUAGGGGAGAAGUGGAAAAGGAAUAGUGUUAGUUAGCUUCAGCAAUCCUUGUUGUGGCUCUUAUACAAAAAAAGGCUAUUUAUUGCGGCGGGCCAAACAUUGCAUCUGGCAUGUUGAUUGAGGUAUUGCCUUGGAGGCUGAGAAGUGGAAGCUGAAUGGGGGUAGAGAGCAAAUGGUGGGGUUAUGACAAAUACAAUAUUAGUAUUGCAAUUUUGAGACUAUUUUUAUGAAUGAUGUAAAUCUGGGGGAGCAAUGUAGCACUAUAGCUGACUUGAUUUCUCAUGUUGUAACCUUUCGCUUUUUUCUAUUUUAAAACACUAAAUAAUAAAAAUACAUAUAUUUUAAUAGAAUAAA